CUCUCGCGAACGAUGCGCUGGGCGGUCGUGUCGCACGUAGCGCUCACUAAAUUUCAAGUUCGAAAUUCUUUUACGAAAGUAUGUAAAGUUUUAAAACAAAAACUUGUGUACAAAUAUCGCGAAGAUCGUGCCGGUUAGUGUGUUAAUAAGUAAAAACGAAACAAAUAAGUAGUUUUAAGUUAUUGAAACUUAAUAGGCUUACUCGUUAUACCUGCAUGCUUCGUCCCACGACUCGUGCGAAGCGGUUACCUUUAUUGGAUAAACGAACAUUUUUCAAAUGGAUGUGUUUUUGUAUUAUGUGAUAGUGUGCGUGAUAUGUGUAAAUAAAGGACUUCAUGAGUGCAUUGCUAAGUCUGUGUCCAGUUAUUUACUCUAGUGACGUGCUUAAAAUUGUCAAGUUAAGAAAAUGUCUUUCUGCGGAGGAGAGAGGGGAAUGUUCGUUGCGCUGUUGGUCGGCUCGCUGGCAUUGGCGUCAGCUCAGUACACUAAAGUCAGAGACCACCCAUCACAUCACGUCACACGGUUGCGACACUCGAGGCAUUUGGACGGGUACCUCCCAUUACACACUUCAGCCUUUAUACCGGCAACGUCACCGAAGCUCGCAGUCAAAGACAAUCAUAAGCCGUUGUUCACGGAAUGUCUGAACUACAAACCGACAGUGAAAGAGGAGCAGCCAAUUGGUACUUAUGUAUUUACGGUUCAUGCAGAAGAUCGAGACCCGCCAGAAAUGGGUGGCACAGUUACAUACAAAUUUGUCUCGACGCCUGGUGAAAAAGAAAGAUUUCAUGUCGACCCCGAAACUGGAAGAAUCACAACUGCAGAUAUUUUUGAUCACGAUGAGCCAUCGCGUGAGAAGGAAGCAUAUAUUACUGUUCGUGCCAGUGACAAUGGACAACCUCAGCUGGAUGAUGCUUGUACCAUUAAAAUCCUCAUCGAAGACAUCAAUGAUAAUCAGCCGGUCUUCGACAAAGUCGUCUUCCGUGGACAUGUUUGGAAGUCGUACUCGGAAUCGGUACCUCAAGAUUUGCCGAGCGGCCGGGAAGUAAUGAGGAUUUCGGCCACGGACAUAGACGAUGGAAACAACUCCAUCGUGCGUUACAGUUUGGAUUCCAAUUCGCCGGAUCAGGCGUAUUUUUACAUUGAUCCAGAUAACGGAGUUAUAUUUUUAAAUAAAAGUAUCGAUAAACCGCCCGGUUACAAAUUUAAAUUGAGCGCUAUAGUAAAAGACCAGGGUGAUGAGCCCCAACAAAGUUCGAUUACUUUAGACAUCCAAGUCGUGGAGUCUAACAAGAAAAGCCCGUCUUUUAUAGAAGUUCCUGAUGAACCGAUCAGAUUAAAAGAAAAUUACGCAGACUUCAAUACACCCAUAGCUACCGUGAGGGCUGUAUCAAACAUAUUGGAAGAGAAAAAACUUCAGUUUGAACUUGUGAUGGGUCAAACUGAACAAACUAACAAGUGGCAUACCUUCGUACUGGAACCGGAAGCUGACUCAGCGUAUAUUAAACUCGGAAAUCAUCUGGAUUAUGAGAAAAUUACGGACUACACGUUAACUGUAAGAAUACAGAACAACUACAAAUUGGCUGCAGAGACUAUCAUACAAAUAGAAAUCGAGGAUGUAAAUGACAACAUCCCUAUAUUCAGUGAAAUACGUUCUGGAACCGUACUAGAAAACGAACCACCAGGUACGCCGGUGAUGCAAGUCCGAGCCUUUGAUGCUGACGGUACAUCAGCCAACAACCAAAUAACAUAUGAACUAGGUGACGCCUCAGACCCCUUCGCUAUUGAUAGCAUUACCGGUAAUAUAACAACACUGAAAAACUUUGAUAGAGAAGAAAGAAGUUUCUAUAAUAUUAAAAUAAUAGCCACUGAUAAUUCUGAAUCCGCUCUAAUUCCGGGAAAACAUAAUGCUGGUCAGCAAGUGUUCCUUAUAGAGAUAGCUGAUAAAAACGAUAAUCCACCGCAUUUCACUCAAGACACGUACGUGGCGGAAUCUAUAGCGGAGAAUGCUAACAUUAAUGAGCUCGUCACGCAAGUUACCGCUUUGGAUAUCGAUACGGCUUCCGUCGUUACGUACAGCAUAGUAUCUGGGAACACAUACGACGCGUUUGUCAUACGUAAUUUCACCGGUGAAAUUCGUGUUAACAACGAACUCGACUACGAGAAUAUAACCAGUUAUAGCCUGGAUGUUAGGGCAUUUGAUGGCCUUUAUGAAGACUAUGCAAAGGUUCUGAUCAAAAUUGAGAAUUUGAAUGACAACCCACCUGUAUUCUUGGCUAACUAUACAAAAACCAUUGAAGAGGAAAAGUUGUAUGAAGGAUGUAUUGUUAAGGUUGAAGCAUAUGACCCAGAUCUCGACAGGAACGAACCCCAGAAUAUUGUCUAUUCUCUGGUCAAACAUGAGCAAAAGGAGUUCCUUCAAAUAGACAAUGAUGGAUGUCUUCGCUUGACCAAACCAUUAGACAGGGACCAACCUACCGGCUUUACUCGAUGGCAGAUCCUCAUCAUGGCCGCUGAUCAUGGCGGAAGACUUGGUUCUGACAGUCUACGGUCCACUACUGAAGUUAUAUUGGAGCUAACUGAUAUCAACGAUAACGCUCCGUUUUUGACCAAUACGCAACCUGUGAUUUGGUAUGAAAAUGAGCCUCCUGGUCAGGUGGUUAUUCUCACUGCAAAGGACUACGACUCAACUGAGAAUGGACCACCAUUCACCUUCGCACUUAAUGAAUCAGCUAGCUUCGAUAUUCGCUCCAAGUUCCAUAUACAAGGCAACAUUCUGUCAACAUUGGUAUCUUUCGACCGCGAGCAACGAAAGGAGUACAAAAUUCCUGUAGCAAUCACAGAUUCUGGGACACCAAGAUUAACAGGGGUGUCGAUUUUACACGUUGUUAUUGGUGACAGAAACGACAACCCAAUGUCUUCUGGAGAAAGCGACAUCUUCGUGUACAAUUACAAGACGGAAACUUACUUCAAUGAGCUAUACCGCUGGCCGUAUUACGGUGAAGCACCGGAUACGGAAAUCGGAAGGGUGUUCGUAAACGAUCCGGACGAUUGGGACCUUCCGGACAAGCGGUUUAUGUGGCUACCGUCAUAUGAGCAGAGAAGUCCGUACUUCGACGUGCAUAGUAAUACCGGAAUGAUUACUAUGAAGCAGGGAACACCGAAUGGAACUUAUCUUCUACACUUUAAUGUGACAGAAGAAAAUGAACCAUUAGUACCAUUCCACUGGGUGGAAGCUACAGUGAAUGUGACCAUCAAGGAGAUCCCAGAAGAGGCAGUGGACAAAUCUGGUUCCAUCCGGUUCAUAAAUAUAACCGCUGAAGAGUUUAUUAUUCCAGAAGCUGAUGGUAUCAGCAAGAAGGACAAAUUGCACCGUCGCCUCGCUCAGUUGUACAACAAGUCGCUCGAUAAUGUUGACGUUUUUACCGUAUUCAGCAAGAUGACAGUUAAAGACGAAUUCUUGGAUAUACGGUUCUCUGUCCAUGGGUCACCGUACUUCGAGCCUGAGAAACUGGAUAGCAUGGUCAUUGGUAUACAAGAUAAGCUGGAAGAAGAGCUCCAAGCAAAGAUCUACAUGGUGAAGAUAGAUGAAUGUCUGAUUGAGAAAGAGCAGUGUGAAGACGCUUGUCGAAAUGUCCUGACCAAGAAUAACGUGCCGCUUUCUGUCUACACCAACACCACGAGCUUUGUAGGAGUAUCAGCAAGAGUGGAGUCCGAGUGCACUUGUGACGUUGAAGAGCCCCUCGUUUGCUUGAAUGGAGGUACACCAUUCGCCGACAAAUGCGAAUGCCCCGAAGGGUGGAAUGGUCCGCAUUGUGAGCAAACAUCUAUUGCCUUCCACGGCAACGGCUGGGCAAUGUACCCAUCACCCCCAGCGUGUCACGAAGGCCACGUCACCUUGACUGUGACGUCACACUCGAGUAACAGUUUGAUCUUCUACCUGGGGCCGCUGAGACAUAACCUACUUUUAGAUGUGCAAGACUUCAUGUCGCUGGAGCUUGUCGACGGAUAUCCAAUCUUACUUGUCGACUACGGUUCCGGUACUACCAAACUAAACAACAGCGUGGUGCACGUGGCAGAUGGGAAGCCGCAUUUAAUAGAAAUAGUUCUAAUGAAGAGCUCCAUUGAAAUGUUUGUGGAUAGAUGCAAAUUAUCGACGUGCAUGAGUUUGGCGGCACCAAUUGCGCCUAGGCAAAUUUUGAACGUGAAUGGUCCGCUGCAGCUAGGUGGCGCUAGUAUCGACCUGCAAGACCUAGCUCGCUCGUUCGGCUGGCAGCACGUACCAACGAACCAACACUUUAUGGGCUGCAUCAGUAAUUUUACGUACAACGAUUUUAUGUACAACCUGGGCAGACCAUCAGUAGAAGUGAAUGCAGACCCUGGAUGCCAGAAGAGCGUAUUCACUGCUGUAACGUUUGGAAUCGAUACCAAUUUCCUCGUUGCUAUACUUGUGUGUAUAGCCAUAUUAGUCAUUCUUCUCCUGGCGGUGGUAGUCCACAGACGUCGAGCUGAUGCGUGGGCAGAAAAGGAACUAGAUGAUAUUAGAGAGAAUAUAAUAGCAUAUGAGGAUGAAGGUGGUGGUGAAGGAGACGCAGGGUAUGACCUGCAUGUGCUUCGGCAGAUGUAUGAUGGUCCACCUCCAGAUACCGAUGUGGCCUUUUUACAAGCGCCUGGUAUGGUAGGCGCAGCACCGGAUAUAUCCGGUUUCCUAGACGACAAGAAAUCCGUCCUAGACCGCGACCCCGAGAUCACUCCCUAUGAUGACGUCAGGCAUUACGCGUACGAGGGAGAUGGCAACACUAGCGGCUCUCUCUCAUCAUUGGCUAGCUGUACCGAUGAUGAAGACCUAAAGUUCAACUAUCUAUCCACAUUCGGGCCGCGGUUCCGCAAACUAGCAGAUAUGUAUGGUGAUUCGGAUGACGACAGAGCGCCCCACGAGGAGUCCUGGUGCUAGCAUCACGCUUGGCUCGUGUAGCCACACCAAGUCACCUUUGUAUAGGCGUUUUUGACUAUCUGGGUUUUUGGUCAGUGUGUUGUGAGUGACCCCACCGUAAGUGACUUUGUGAUUACGCAUUAUGGCGUUUAGUGCUUAAUGAAGACGCGGGUAGAAUUGUAAUGUCCAAUGUUUUGGACGAAAUACUUUCUGUAUUUUUCUUUAUUUUAUUUAAUGAGUAUCUACUGCUCUCUAAGGCUUUUAUGAAUUUAAAUAUAACUAUUUAGAAGCUGAUAUACAUAAUUCUUGGAUAACCCAAAAAAACACAUAGAUUUCAUUCUUGCGAAUUUAAUUUAUGCAGGUAGUACAGUAUCUACCCGCAUCUAUGUCAAUCGCUUGUUAUUGCAAUGAACAUAUUUUCUAAGAUGGCGAAAAUUCCUAGUGAAUUAGAACAAUUUAAAACGAAAUGUGUAAAAAGUUAGCAUUUUUCGAUGUUAAUAUGUUUUAAGAAUUGACUGAUUUGUAUCGUUGUUUAGGCAUCGUUGUAGAAAUGCCUAAAUUACUUCUUGUAUGUAAUUUUAUAAAUAACACUUAAGGGAAAUACUUAUAAUCUUAAUUAAGUUAGAUUACUGCAUUUUUUGUAUGGUUGUAAAUUAUUCGAAAAACGUAGUUUUCAUAGUAUUACUAAGUGACAUUUAUGACAGUUAUAGUUAAAUUUAAGUGCCAUUGAUUUCAAUUCUAUGUAUUUUGUUUGCAAAGAAGUUGCCAGCGAAAAAAAUGGUGAUAUAUCCCGCCCAUUUUCGAUUUUGUUUAAUACUUUAGUUUUAAGUUUUUUUUUUACUUUUUGAUGUCAAUUGGUUUAGUUCGCUAUCCAGCGUUUAUGUUGUAACGAUAUCGUCCAGUUAUUAAUAUGGUGCAUUCGAAAUAAAUGUUUAAAAUUAAAAUUUUAGUUUCUUGUGGAAAACCUUUUCGUGUUUACAUUAAUGAACGGUAAUAGUUAAUUAAUUGAAGUUAGACCUGUGUAAAUAUGUAAAUUAAAUCCUUAAUCAUACGUAUGCAUAAGUAAUUUUUAUAUGACUAAAAUACAGGUAUCCCAAGAUCAUUGCUAAAAUGUAAAUAAUGUCAUCACAUACUACAUAAAUUUACGCUGUAAUUAAUGCGGUAGAGAACCUUUUUUCAUUACUGUACGUAAGAAACAGUAGGAUGAUUCUGUAAACUAGGGAAUUUUAACAGGAACUCACCUUAUUCACCUCUAUGGUUUAUGGAACACGAUUAAUCAUUCUGCUGGAUGAGGUGACUUUGACGUGAAAUUUCGAGAUUUUCAGAAUACACUUAUUUUCAUUUGUUUUCAUUACUUGCAUUGGACUUGGGACACCAUGUAAGAGGCGAUUAUACAAGGUGUCUUAUAAUUAUGCAUAUCAACGAAGUGUUAUAUUCACUAGUAUAACUUCUACAUCUCUUGGUGUCUAGGAUCUAUCCAUUAUAACAUUCCUAAAAUAUAAUGCUUUACCGAAUUUCAUAAAUGUCAUUACUUAAGUCUUAAGUACUGUCAAUCUUAGACAGAUAUUAAAACAAAUAGGCAGCUUGAUUUAGUUUAUAGAACGCAGUUUCGAAGUAAAUAUAUUAAAACCGAUUCUGUAUUUCUUCUAUGUUGACAAUCGCGUUCAUAUUUUUUCAUAUACCAGUUAGAUAUAAACAAAUCACUAUUAUCCUCUGUAUUUUGUGUUGCUCUUGUUAACAUCUCAAAAUAAGUUUGUAUUUGUGUUAAACGUAUACGUAUAAAAAUCUUUCAAAUCCUCUUGCAAUAUUGGUAGAGAGGCCAAGCUGCGAAUGCGUAGGAUACUGUGUGGCAGCGUUUUAUUACUUAUCUGUAUACCGUGACUAUUGUCUAUGGAAUCAAAAGUCAGUCGUUUAGUGAAAUUUUCGCGUUCAGUACCUGUUUAGUAAAACUUAUACCUGGCAGCUGUAUUUACUCUAAUUAAAUAUUUGGGUCAUGCCUUUCCGUCAUGAAUCUUUUUCAUUUAUUGUGUCCACAAAGACUAAAAUAGCUAUCAAAAUAAAUAGUUAAGCGAAAAAGAGCUUCUAAAGUCUAGCUAAGUUAUAGAAUUAAUUUUUAUUUUUUAUGUUAUUACUAUGGUUUGUCAAAAGUCCUAAGCGACCUCUGUAACAAUAUUUUAUGAAAAUAUUGACAGUCCGGUUCCCGCUUAUUUUGACAUUGACAUUGAUAUUUUUGACAGUUCGAUGUAUCUUUAGUGAAAACGAUCUCGUAUUGUCAAGUUAAAUACCAUAACGUAUCUUUAUUCUUUAAUUAGUGCUUUUUUAAUGUAUCCAUUAUUUUGCGUACAAAUAGUUUGUAAUAUUAAUAUAUUAUAAGAAAUGUUUCUAAUUCCUACAUUCCAAAACCAAGUUCGAUGUUGAUGUAUUUUAAUAUAAUCGGAGCAAUUAUUCGUACUUAGAAAUUUGAGGGGUCAUUCAAUGUAUAUAUGAUCACCACUGAAUGUGAUUAAAACCACUGCCAUGAAAUUUUUUAACGUACAUAGUUAUGGUCUUGUAUUAAAACUUGAAUAUAACACAAUGGUCCAAAUUUAAUUUAAAUAGUAAAUUAUUGUUUCGAACUCUAUUUUGACUUUGACAAAGCAAACGACAACAACAAUCACUGGCAAAUAGUUGUAUGAGAAAUUUUAGUACUGCGCGUAGCCGCCAGAGGCGCUGUAAGGGUUUCCAUACAAAUAUUCUUACAUAUGCGUAUUAAGCGUUUAAUACUAUCGAUAUUCACAAAAUACCGUUAAUGUGUUUACUCUUAAUUUCUCAGCAAUUGUAACAAUAUUUUUUAAUAUGAGACCAUGCGGUUAAAUUUGUUCUAAGUGACAAAUGUACCUAGUGUGUUUGUUUAGGUAUAAACGAUGUGCAUAUUGAUGUAUUGUCUGUGGAACAUUUAUAUUAAAUAAUUGCAGUAAUUUGUUAAUAAUUAUUGCGUAUGCGGUCUUGUUUCUGGUUAUAUGAUUAUUUAACUAUAAUCGACCCGAGUAAACUAUACAAGUUCAUAUAGACAUGUUUUGAUUCAAGUCCGCGUAAAUAAGCUAAGAACAAAAUUAUAAAGUUAUACCAAACAGAUACUUUUAUAGUAUACCUAUUAAGAUUACAUAUAAAGGGUAAUUCUAAAUUCAAACCUGAAUUAUAUCAAUUUGUAUAGGAGAUUAAGCAUUUUCUUUACGAAGCAUUGUUACAUUUCAAAGCUUGCAGAGUCGAAUUUGCCAGCAUUUGAUCCUCAUAAAUAUUCACAUUGUACAUCUUGCUUUGUAUGUUGAAGCUACUGGCGAAAGGUCAAGAUGCUACUCGGGUCUUUGAGAUUGAUAUUAUAGUGCAAAAUUACGAAUUCAAGAUUAUUUUAUUCAAUAACUUUCGUACAUUUCAUAUGAUUAAAAUUUGAAUUUCGUGCAACGCCAUUAUGAAACUUAUCGUUAAGUUUGUUCCACACCAAAAUCAAUAUUAUUUUCUGUAUAAAAAUAAUAAAGUACGUAUAGAUUAUAAUUUCAGUUGUAACGUACACAAUUAUUCGUAUAAUCAGAAACAAAAGAUGAUGGGUUCGAGUGUGUGAAAAAGAAUGUAAAAGAAAGUAUUUUAUGCGUAGGCUAAAACAGAAGAGUCCGACUGAAGAUUGUCAUAUUAUAUUAAUUAGUUAAGGACUUAUAAUUUUUAAAUUGUUUAUAUAGAAAUAAAAAUAUUCAAUUCAGCAUUGAAAUAAAGUGAUGAUAUUGA